AUGGCUGGAGGAGGAGGAGGAGGAGGCGGCGUCGGCGAAGGCCCGAGAGAGCUCGAUCAAACCCCGACAUGGGCCGUCUCCACUGUUUGUGGCGUUAUCAUCUUAAUAUCUAUUGUCCUAGAGCUAAUGAUUCACAAAAUCGGAACGUUGUUCGAGAGAAAAAGGAAGAAAGCAUUGUACGAAGCUCUUCAAAAGAUCAAAAACGAGCUGAUGGUUUUGGGAUUUAUAUCUCUGCUACUAACGUUCGGGCAAAACUACAUAGCGAGCAUAUGCAUUCCGGAGAAAUACGGUGGCGCAAUGUCCUUCUGUAGUCCGAACGAGGGUCCCAGUGGUCACGCUAAAAAUCCAAAGACCACCGAACACAUCGACAGACAUCUUCUCUCCUUUCAACGACGUAUUUUGGCUGAUGCUGCUCCUGCUAAGUGCAAGAAGGGCUAUGUACCGCUUAUAUCACUCAACGCGUUGCAUCAAGUGCAUAUUUUCAUCUUCUUCUUGGCUGUGUUUCAUGUCAUUUACAGUGCUAUCACUAUGAUGCUUGGAAGAGCAAAGAUUCGUGGAUGGAAAGUAUGGGAGGAAGAGGUUGUAAAUGACCAUGAAAUGAUGAACGACCCUGCAAGGUUUAGGCUCACACAUGAGACAUCAUUUGUUCGAGAGCAUGUCAAUCCUUGGGUCAAAAAUAGAUUCUCCUUCUACGUUAUGUGUUUCUUUCACCAGAUGAUAAGAUCUGUCAGAAAAUCUGAUUACUUGACGAUGCGUCAUGGGUUCAUUAGUGUCCAUUUGGCACCAGGGAUGAAGUUUAAUUUCCAAAAAUACAUCAAAAGGUCAUUAGAAGAUGACUUCAAGGUAGUAGUGGGAAUCAGACCAGAGCUAUGGGCCUUUGUAAUGAUCUUUUUACUAGUUGAUGUUCACGGGUGGUAUGUUACUGCUGUGAUCACCAUGAUUCCUCCAGUUUUGACAUUAGCGAUAGGAACCAAGCUUCAGGCCAUCAUCUCAGACAUGGCGUUGGAGAUUCAAGAGAGACACGCAGUGAUACAAGGGAUGCCACUUGUCAAUGUCUCUGACCGACAUUUUUGGUUUAGUCGUCCCCAAUUAGUCCUCCAUAUCAUUCACUUCAUUCUCUUCCAGAAUGCCUUUGAGAUCACCUACUUCUUCUGGAUAUGGAUGGGAUCAACGAUGAAGCGAUCGGUGUUUGAUGAUCAAACGUCAAAGGCAUUAAAGCAAUGGCAUAACAAAGCAAAGAAAAAGGGUGAGACGACGACACCGACGCCUAAUUUCCGACCUAAAGUCGGCGGUGAUAUUGAGUCUGCAACUCCGGCAAACAUUACGGCUAGUGUUGAUGUUAAGGAAGGAGAUCAGCCUCGUAAACCUGAGAAAAAUGAGUUGCCACUAGAAACCAGUCCGUACACAAAGUAUGAGGAUAUAGAAGAUUACAAGAAGAAUGCUUAUGGAACUACCGGUCACCAAGAUGUUAAGCCUGGCCAAGGCGGUGGCACAACCGACGCACCUACCCUCUCCGGCAGUGCUCCUGCCUCCGUCGUAGAUUCCGCUAAUCAGCAAGCAAAGAAAUGA